CAAAACAUUCCCACAAGUUUUUCAAGUUUGGAUAUGAUUAGGGCAAUGCCUACGUGGCAUAUAAAAUUACUUCUUCCUGCUUAUAAGAGGCCCUGCCACACCAGACAUCCUAAAACAUUCCUAUUCACUGUUAGCAUGCUCAACAUGAGACGACAAAUUCCCACUCAUCUUCUCUUGGUUUGGCUCCUGCUUGCAGCUUCUCAAUACCACCACCACACUACUUAUGUUCAAGAUAUUGAAUCAGUUCAGUUCAAGCUCAAUACUGCACAGCCCGCCUCAGGUUCAGGGUCGUUGGGGUCAAGAACCAGAUAUGUUCUGCCUACUAAGGUCGGUGGAAGGAACAUCCACAAAACUCCAUCAGGACCAAACCCAGUAGGGAAUCAUCGCCCACCAUCGAAGCAAUGAACAUUUGACGCAAUCGUAGUUAACUUAGCAAGUAGAACUAAUUAGAUUAUUGUAUUUGUUAGAGGCCUGAAGGAGAUCAGUGGUUUUCAACUUUUCAUGUAGGUCAAAAAACCUCUCAUCGAGGCAUGUGCUUGUGCAAAAUUGGAUUUAGAACAUCUGAAUUCUAGAAGCUUUUGUGGCA